AUGAACACUCCUUUACAAUUUCCAACUAUCGAUGAUAAAACUAUUUAUCAAAUGAGCUUGAAUCCUGGAACAUCAGCGGGAACCUAUGUAACUGAACCAAAUGCAGUGCUAACAGUAAGAUUUGAAUGGGGAUAACUUUUUUGAAAUGCGGUUUUGUUUCUAGAAUCAAAUACUCGAAAUAUUGAAUCCAACUUCAAACGAAAUCGAUAAAGCACGGAUGUUUACUGAUUUGAUGGCACCACAUUAUCAAAAACAAGACGAAAUUAUUGAAAAAAUCGAUAAGUUGGCGAAUAUUGUUACAAGUUUUAUCGAAACUCAAAAAUCUAUCAAUGAAUUCAUAUUAGAUAGAUUACUCGUAAGUUUUUCAAACUUUCUACAAGUUUUCUUAUGUUUUUAUUUAGAAAUCAGUGAAUAAUGCAACUUCGGGAGCUCAAAACGAAACACAUCAAAAUUUCUUGGAGGCAAAGCAAAGCUCAUUCGAUCUGCUCUCGCUACCCGCAGAAAUAAUUCAACAAGAAAAAGAAACACGAAUUGCAGAAGAAAGUUUACAAGUAA